AUGAAUGCAUUGAGUCUUGUCUUGUUCCUCCCUUUCCUCUCUUCCUUCCUUGCCUCUCUUCCCCCCCUUUCCUCUCACUCCUCCCUUAUCCAAUCCAUGCUUUCCAUGCCACACCAGGCAGGCCGGCUUUUGAUGUGUUUUGAGGCGCCUCACAAGAAGCCUCUCCUCUCCUUCCACCCCAUCCAAUCCAUGCUGUCCAUGCCGCACCAGGCAGGCCGGCCAACUGUUCAGACGUCUUUUGAGGCAGGCCCGCCAACUGUUCAGAUGUCACCCUCGGCUUGUGUCUCCCCGGCUUCUGCCGCACCAACGGGUCGGCGUUUCUCGGCUGCUUGUGCGCCGCCGGCUUCAGCCAAGUCAACCCUUCCUCAGGCGACCCUUAUUGUGCACCAGGUGAUUCAAGCAUGGGGCAGCAGUAGUGUUGUGCACCAGGUGAUUCAAGCAUGGGGCAGCAGUAGUGUUGUGCACCAGGUGAUUCAAGCAUGGGGCAGCAGUAGUGUUGUGCACCAGGUGAUUCAAGCAUGGGGCAGCAGUAGUGUUGUGCACCAGGUGAUUCAAGCAUGGGGCAGCAGUAGUGUUGUGCACCAGGUGAUUCAAGCAUGGGGCAGCAGUAGUGUUGUGCACCAGGUGAUUCAAGCAUGGGGCAGCAGUAGUGUUGUGCACCAGGUGAUUCAAGCAUGGGGCAGCAGUAGUGUUGUGCACCAGGUGAUUCAAGCACGGGGCAGCAGUAGUGUUGUGCACCAGGUGAUUCAAGCAUGGGGCAGCAGUAGUGUUGUGCACCAGGUGAUUCAAGCACGGGGCAGCAGUAGUGUUGUGCACCAGGUGAUUCAAGCAUGGGGCAGCAGUAGUGUUGUGCACCAGGUGAUUCAAGCAUGGGGCAGCAGUAGUGUCGUGCACCAGGUGAUUCAAGCAUGGGGCAGCAGUAGUGUUGUGCACCAGGUGAUUCAAGCAUGGGGCAGCAGUAGUGUUGUGCACCAGGUGAUUCAAGCAUGGGGCAGCAGUAGUGUUGUGCACCAGGUGAUUCAAGCAUGGGGCAGCAGUAGUGUUGUGCACCAGGUGAUUCAAGCAUGGGGCAGCAGUAGUGUUGUGCACCAGGUGAUUCAAGCACGGGGCAGCAGUAGUGUUGUGCACCAGGUGAUUCAAGCAUGGGGCAGCAGUAGUGUUGUGCACCAGGUGAUUCAAGCAUGGGGCAGCAGUAGUGUUGUGCACCAGGUGAUUCAAGCAUGGGGCAGCAGUAGUGUUGUGCACCAGGUGAUUCAAGCAUGGGGCAGCAGUAGUGUUGUGCACCAGGUGAUUCAAGCACGGGGCAGCAGUAGUGUUGUGCACCAGGUGAUUCAAGCACGGGGCAGCAGUAGUGUUGUGCACCAGGUGAUUCAAGCAUGGGGCAGCAGUAGUGUUGUGCACCAGGUGAUUCAAGCAUGGGGCAGCAGUAGUGUUGUGCACCAGCAGCACAUGCCACAGCAGCACAGCACAUACCACAGCAGCACAGCACAUGCCACAGCAGCACAUGCCACAGCAGCACAUGCCACAGCAGUACAUGCCACAGCAGCACAUGCCACAGCAGCACAUGCCACAGCAGCACAGCACAUGCCACAGCAGCACAUGCCACAGCAGCACAUGCCACAGCAGCACAUGCCACAGCAGCACAGCACAUACCACAGCAGCACAGCACAUGCCCUAGCAGCACAGCACAUGCCACAGCAGCACAUGCCACAGCAGCACAGCACGCCACAGCAGCACAGCACAUGCCCUAGCAGCACAGCACAUGCCACAGCAGCACAUGCCACAGCAGCACAGCACAUGCCACAGCAGCACAGCACAUGCCACAGCAGCACAGCACAUGCCCUAGCAGCACAGCACAUGCCACAGCAACACAUGCCACAGCAGCACAUGCCACAGCAGCACAUGCCACAGCAGCACGACACAUGCCCCAGCAGCUCAUGCCCCAGCAGCAACCUUUCUUGA